ACACAAUCCUUGACGUUUGUGCAGCGCACACCAGUGCAGCAGCAGUCCUCGUCGAACACCCUUCCUUCUGCUUCCCCCCCCCGCAAAGCACCACCAUGGCGGCUCCUUGUUGUCUGCUUGGUCCAUUGUGUUCUUCGUUUGAGCAUGAAUGUACACGUUUGUGCAAACGAGCACAAGCACAGGCAGCACAACCUUGAUUCGCGCGCGCAUUUCUUGUUUUGUUUGAGCCCGUUCUCUCGUUCACACAAUAAGUGUGCUUCGCAGCCAGCAGCAGCAACAACAACACUAAUAACCAGCAGCAGAAGCCGCACGCCGCCAUUAAGCACGACUUCUUUCUCUCUGUCUCUCUCGCUCCUUCUUUUCCCCCUUCUUUUUCCGUCUUCUGUUGCUGUUGCCCGGUCAUUUCCCCGCCCGCCAUUGAGCACUCGUACGAAACGGCAUGGGCGUGUACAGUGCCAUUUUCCAGCACAUCAUCCGCAAGCUCUACAGCUCAGUUCCCGCCGCUUCCAGUGACUCUACCCAGGCACCCCCUUUACCAGGCACCCCAACAAGAGCAACGCCGGCACUGUCCAUCCCAAGUUCGCAAGCACAGCAAGCACAGCAAGCGCAGCAAGCACAGCAAGCACAGCAAGCGCAGCAAGCAGCGGUUGAGGCAAUCACGAGGAGAAGGAGGACAAGUGUUGCAAAAUCGUCGACUGCAAGAGCAGCAGCAGCACCACCACCACUACCACCUCGGUCCAUCAAGCCAACAACGACUAUGCAAGGCAUCUCGUCGACGCCGGCCGCAGCCAACGCUCGUCUGCAAGGAAAUCUGCCCUCAGCCAUCGCCGAGGACAGUGCCAAGAACAUGGACAUCGAGGCUGCCGCCCCCAAGCUUGCCCAUGCCAUGGAAGAAGAGAACGCGCCAAACCAGGCCAAGGAAGCAGGCACUGAGAACGUUGGCGCCAAACCAAUCGCGGAGGAAGAGCACGCCACGGAGCAGGGCCCAGGUGCCCGCCCAACAACACCACCUUCCGCAACCACUCCUGCAGUGACGUGGAAGCCGCAGGACAGUGCCAACGACAGCAGCGAUCACCUUGGCGCCAACGCCAAUGGUGACACCACCGCACCCGCAAGCCCCGCCGACAAGGAAGACGGUGGUGCAAGCACGGAAACUGAGACGGACGGCUACUCCGAGGACCAGCAGUGCAAGGAGCAGCAGGACGUUGAAAAGAAGGAAGACGCUGUGCCCGAGCAAGUGGAGCCCGCCCCAACGCCCUCUACAGCCACGCCAACGCCCUCUACAGUCACGCCAACGCCCUCUACAGCCACGCAAACGCCCUCUACAGCCACGCCAAAGAAUGCGACCACUGAAGACGUCGGGGCUGAUGCCACCACCAACGACAACCACGACGAGGACAGCAGCAAUGGCGGCAGCAGCAGCAAUGAUAGCAGCCACAAGGAAGCACGUGCCGAGGUUGAUGGUGAGACUGGACCAGCGGAGCAAGGGCAAGAAGAGACGCAAGGCCAACAGGACCCCGAAGAGAGCCAGUCCCUUGGUUCCGAUGACGCCAGCGGCAACACCGACACCACGCAGCGCGACGAUGGCAUGACGAAAGGCUGUGGCUCUGCAGUGACAACAGCCGAUGUUUCACCGCCUACGACAGUUGAGGCGCGCCAAGAGGACGCCACUGUCACCCCAGCACCAGCCUCAGGCGACGUUGCUGAGGUUGCUGGAGACCGCAGCGAGCAAGGCCAUGUGCAGCAUGCCGACAGCAACGAGGGCGAGCUUGAUGCCAAGCGCGCGAAAGUCGACCAGUCGGCACCGGCAGAUGCAGGUGCCCGGCACGGAGAGGAGGAGGAGGACGAGGAGGAGCAUGAGAAGGAGGAGAACGACGAAGAGGGUGAGGUGCAUGAGGUGGAGGAGAAGCGUCUUGAAGAGCAGGCCACGGCAGCUGAAGGUGGUGCUGUGACGACUGUCCGUGACGGGCAUUCUCAGACCAGCAAUGGCAACGAUGUCAGCGAUAAGGACGGCGAGACUGUGAUCGGCAAGCUUCAAGACCAGCACGCUGGUGCCCGGGAGGUGCCGAGCGACAGCAUUCCAUCCGAGGACGAGCAUGUAGCCAUCCAACAGCACGUUGCCUGGAUGCGUGCCCUGGUCAGCAGUUCGCGAACGCGACGCGUCAUGCUGUCCCGUGUUCUGUCCUUGAUGAAGUCGAACCCGGCCAUCGGCGAGGAGGUGUCCCGCGCUUACAACGGCGUGCUCGCGCUGCGCCGUGAUGAACGCCGCCUCUUCCGCAUGCUUGUCGACCUGAAGCAGCGCGCCCGCACUGCCCGUCGCGAAGGUGAUGAGCCGUCCCCGGAGUUUGCUAAGCUCAUGCAGCAAGUCCUGCAUCGCCGCAACCGCUGCCGCAACCGCUGCCGCAACCGCUGCCGCACUGCGGUAAUAGUGGCCCGUCUCCGCGACCUCCGCGCAUCUGUCCUUCGGCGCAUCAACUCUCACAAGAACUGA